AUGUUUUCAGCUACCAAGACAGAUUUGCGUCUGUUACUGGAAUGUCUAAAAUACCAGAUGAAAUGGCCUGGAUCACAGAAACAAGCUCUUCUCACUAUCAUCUCAAUCUGCAAACAAAACGGUCAGUAUGUGGAGUUCUUUAGAGAGAUUGGGGGAAUUACCUUCAUCUAUAACCUGUCAAAGUCCAGCACUUUCUCUCAGGUUAAAGAGACUGCUCUAUUUACACUUGCAUCCUUGGCUGAAUUACAUGAGAGCGUUAAGCAGUCACUGUGCAGAGAGGAGAUGUUUUGUGACUUAGCGCAGCAUCUGGAACAGAAAAUGCCUCUGACGGAAAAAAGAGUAGCAGUGUACAUGCUGUCUGUAUUGGUUUCCAACAACAGAUGUGGACAGACUCUUGCUAAGACCUCCAGGUGUAUCGAAACCUUGCUCAGUUUGUUCAGGCAUAAUUUUCCAGAUCCUAACGCAUCUUAUGAGCAGCUACAGUUGUGGGCCACUGUGUCUAGUGCUCUCUGCGGCUCUGUCAACAAUCCUCAGAAUGAAGAGAAUCAGAACACAUGUAUGCAUGUGUUUCCCCUGGUGAAGACCUGGCUGCAGGAAGUGGCAUUGCCCAGGGCAGAGCUGGCACAGCCUAUAUGCUCAUUUAUUGGCAUGACUGUUGCAAACAAUCCUUGUGCUCAGCAGUAUUUUGUGUCAGUGGGAGGCCUAGAUUCACUCUCAGAAACUCUUACAAGAGUUUUGUCUCAGUCGGCACACAGUGCUCCUGCUUGUAAGGUGGCCAUAGUAAUCACUAAAACACUGUCUGCUUGCAUCUCGAACAACGAGCAGUUGGUGCCUUGUUUAUCAAAGUCGAUGGUCAUCCCAGGACUGCUGUGUCUGUUGUCCAGCCCAAACCUUGACCCACAGGACCAGCUCGCUGUGGUGUUGACGAUUGGACACCUCACAGAUGCCUGUGUAGAGCAUCAGUCUCAGUUGUUGUCGACAGGAGGUUUGCCUAUUAUGAUUUCUCUGCUCACUGAGGCUAGUGAUGAAGAGGUUAGAAAGGCAGCCAUGUUCAUCCUGCACACCUGCAAGAGAAUCACUGAAUCAUUAGGCGCAGGCAUGUCAACAAUGAGUCUAGAGGAGAAUGACAUGAAGAGUCACUGGCAGUCCGCCGGAGAAAUCCUCCAGAGAAUACAGCUCCUAGAGAAAAAGAUUGGUGUGAAACUGUGGGAAAGAGACACCGAAAUACAGCAGCCCAGCAAUCAGAAGUUAACCUCAUCUGUGGAAUGUAAAGAGGCAUGGUGGGAAGGUUCUGUGAUGCGAAAGGUGAAAGGUUACCAUCGAGUAUGUGGGGAGUUACACACAACCCCUGCAGGAACUCUAGAACGACCAGUCCCAAAUGAAAUACCAUACAGUAAAGAGAACUUGCAGUGUGUCAGCACUGAAGAGUGUUUGAGUCCUGUCCAAGUCACUCACUUCGAAGGCCCUAGCUGGGAAAAAGGCAACAAGAGAGGGCAUGAACUAAUGAGAGAGAAUGAGAGGAAUAUUGAGAGAACUGGCAACCAAGAGACAAGCACACAGGGAUGUGUGAAAAAGAGAGACAUGGAGAGGAAAUUACAGUCUGAAAGAGGGGCAAAGAGAUUAAAAAUUAUAUAUCAAGACUCAGAUGAAGAUGGCCAAAAACGUUUACAGCACUGCAGCACACCAACAGAGGGCGGCAGAGAUACACAGGGCCCAGAUAUUUUCAGACAUCCUGAUCCCAUGAAGAGAAGCCAGUGCCCACACAGUCAUUCUGAUGAUGAAAUGUCUCUGUGCUCUGAGCUGUUAGACAGAGAAAUUAAACGGUUUCGGAAGCUGUCAUCUGCCUCUAAACCCAGCACUCUACGCUGUGCAGGUUGUGUGAAAAAUAUAAAUGAAAUGGACAGUCAUUCAUUUGGUGCUGUGUUGGGUAGCUGCAGGUUUCAGUGUGACUUUCACCUGGUCCUGCAGGAGGCUGAGGAUCGAUUUAGGAGAAACCAGCAGUUAAAGAGGACUAGACACACUAUGACACACAGUCACAUCCACACACAUGACAACAACAGAAAAAGCACUAGUGAAGAAACAGAGAUGAGAAAGAGGGACAAACACAGGCUGAGUCACCAACCAUCAGACAGAUGUAUUAGGCUCACACCCUUGAGAAGACCGAGUGAAAUAUACAGCCCAGGCAUAAAAAAGAACCACCUCAAGAAAACCUCAGAAGACUGUCUCCCAAAAAAUUCUUCAGGCAGACACAGAAAGAGGAGGAACUUUUCAGCUGAUGAGUUGCAGUACCUCAACAUGGGUGUGAAGAGGUUUGGUCACUCCUGGAACUCCAUCCUCUGGACGUAUCCCUUCCAGUCGGGACGCACCAAUGUAGACCUGGCCAAGAAGUACCAACACAUGCAGGCAUGAUAUGACCAAUGGUGAUGAAGAGCAGUUUUCUAAAUACUCUAACUUGUGUGUAAAUCUA